AAGAGUAUUUUCCUUUCUUUCCCUGGAGAGAGGGCUUCUAAGAAAGGGUCAAAAGAGGAUUAUGUGAAAGAGAAACCUGAGUUCCUUGAUAAAGGAGCAAGAAAAGGAAGGAGAAGCAGUGAAGAAAAGAACAGAGAUACUGGUCUAGGGAGAGAAAAGUCUAGGGAGGACACUAAUUUUUAAGGAGUCCUUUGCUAACCAUGGAGUCAGCGUGCUUUUCCGAGAGUAUUUAUAAUCUCAUACCCAGUGACUUGAAGGAGCCGCCCCAGCCUCCUAGGUAUUCAUCCAUGUUUAAGGAAGCUGUUAAAAAUGACAUGAAAAAAUUUAAAACUUCGAUGAAAACAAUGGGACCUGCAAAAGUGGAUGUUCCUUCUCCAAAGGAUUUUCUAAAGAAACAUUCAAAGGAAAAAUCUCUUCCACCCAAAGGCAAAUUUCAGAGAAGGGAUGCCAGGAAGCCUGCUGUGCCCUUGAGGACUGACCACCCAGUCAUGGGGAUCCAGAGUGGAAAAAACUUUAUAAAUACAAAUGCAGCUGAUGUCAUCAUGGGCGUGGCUAAAAAGCCUAAGCCAAUUUAUGUCGACAAAAGAACUGGAGACAAGCAUGACCUUGAAACUUCUGGACUGGUUCCAAAGUACAUCAAUAAAAAGGAUUAUGGCGUGAUACCUGAAUACAUAUGUAAGCGAAACGAGGAAGUGAAGAAAGCGCAGGAAGAGUAUAAUAAUUACAUUCAGGAAAGCCUUCGGAAAGCAGCUAUGAAGAGACUCUCUGAUGAAGAAAGGGAGGGGGUUCUGCAGGGGCUAAAGAAGAACUGGGAGGAGGUGCACAAGGAGUUCCAGUCCCUCUCCGUCUUCAUAGACUCCAUACCGAAGAAGAUUCGCAAGCAGAAGCUGGAAGAAGAAAUGAAGCAGCUGGAAUAUGACAUCAGUGUCCUAGAAAAGCACAAAAUUAUCUACAUUGCCAAUAAGAAAUAAUGGAUUUUUAAAAGUAUAUGAAUUUAAUUUAGAAAAAAGUAGAAAAUAUAAAAAUAAAAUUUUUCAAAGAGGAAAAAUCCUAUGAAGAAAAUAAAAAUUAAUUUUCAUCAAAACACACAGUGUUAAAAGAACUGAAUUUCUCACUUGUACAAGAGAAACCUUUUUUUCUAAACCAAUGUCACAUUUUCCACAUAUAAACCAUUGAAGUGUGAGACUGUGUCCCAGGUCUAUAUUCUUUAAUGUGCAUCAUUAUUAUUGGGUAAUUGUUUCACAUAGACAUUAAUUUCUGGCCCCUGAAAGAUAAAUCCAGCAUUUACAACUUCAUUACUUUUUCACUGCAAUGCAUAAUACAAAGAGCAUGGCUCAAUAAAAAUCAAUAAUUCUGUAUUUAAAUACAAGGGUAUGAUUUCUUGCUACCCUGAAGUAUUUCCUAUAGAUUAUUUCCAAAAUUUAAAAUACAUAC